GGCAGACAGUGGUAGAGAGAUGGCCAGAGCUCCAGUGAGUGAGUGAGUGAGUGAGUGUGGUCGAGUGAGGCAGACAGACAGUGGUGGAGAGAUUGGUCGAGUGAGGUAGGCAGAGAGUUGUGGAGAGAGAGCCAGAGCUCCAGAGAGAGUGUGUGGUAGUGAGGGAUCUCCAGUGAAUCUGCAGGCCUGUCUGUCUCUCUCAACAGUGUCUGUCGGACCCACACCGGUGUGUAUUCACGCAUUUCACACGCGUGUUACUCAAUGCCUGCUUCUAUAUGUGUGAUGACGCUCUAGAGACGACUUCAUUUGAUCAUUGGAUUACACCUUCUGUCUCGCACUACAUUCGCCCUUGAACUUUCAACCCUGAAUUCUACCCAGACAUUGACAAACAGCCACCCUGUGUGUUGGUGACGUCCACUGCGGGUCAGAACCAUGUGAGGGGUUUUUAAUGUUUCUCUUUAGUGGACUGGAGCACUACCUUUAACCUCCAUUCACCCCGCCCCAGUUUAUAUAAGCCCCGCCCCCCUCCCUUUAGUCCCGCCACUCUGUCAGUCCAAUCUCGCCAUGAUGUUCCGGGACCAAGUGGGGAUUUUGACAGACUGGUUUAAGGGCUGGAAUGAGUGUGAACAGACGGUGGCGCUGCUGUCGUUGUUGAAGCGUGUUUCUCGGACGCAGGCGAGAUUCCUGCACAUCUAUCUGGACCACUGGCUGGCCGACUGCACAGAGAUACACAUACUAGAGGCAGAAGCCAACAAUGCAGCGAUCGUCAGCCAGUGGCAGCAGGAGCCAAAAGAGAAAGCCGUGUCUCUCCUGCUCUCUCAUCUCCCUCUACUACAGCCGCGAAACAGCGAAGCCAAGUGUGAAUACAUGAACCUCCUGCAGAAGGUCUUGAGUCACACCAUCGAGAGCAGCCUGUUUGUGGAGGAGAGCCGACAGCUGCUGUCUUACGCCCUCAUUCACCCCGCCACCACCUUCGACGACCGGACCUCUCUCGCCUUGUGGCUCAAUCACCUGGAGGAACAUCUGUCCUCGCGGCCACCGCCGCCUGGAACGUACCAUCAUGCCCGACAGGGAUCAGACGAGUGGCCGGGUUCUGCCGAGUCCCUGGAGCCGUCGUAUAACUGGCAGGAAAAGCUGCCGUCCACAUGCAGCUCGCCGGCUGGACAGAACGGACACAUGCCUUUCCCUGGCACGGGUGGAGUGACCUCACCCGUCAACAACAGCAGCAACACCGCAGGAUUGUCUGGUCAGGUUCAGCCAAGCCCAGUGAAGCCCUCAAUGUUACUCACACCUGUCAAUCAGCCAGCCUGUUGCUCUGAUUGGCUAAACCAGGAUGAAGGGGGCGGGUGUCAGGGCGUGGCUGGAGCCGAACACGCCCCUCUUUCACCCCAGAGCAGCGUUGCGUCAUCGGGGAGUGAACAGACGGAGGAACAGGGCAACACACGCAACACUUUCCAUGAGGACGGCAGUGGAAUGAAAGAUGUGCCCGUCUGGCUCAAGAGUCUUCGUCUGCAUAAAUAUGCGUCACUUUUUUCUCAGAUGACAUACGAAGAAAUGAUGAUCCUCACAGAGCAACACCUGGAGUCACACAACGUUACAAAAGGUGCUCGACACAAGAUCGCGCUGAGCGUACAGAAACUUCGAGAACGCCAGAGCGUCCUGAAAUCUCUAGAAAAGGAUAUUCUGGAAGGCGGGAAUGUUCGGAAUGCUUUACAAGAGCUCCAGCAGAUCAUCAUCACGCCAAUCAAAGCGUACGCCCUGCCCACAGCUGCCCAGAAGGAGGCGGAGCCUGGAGUUGUUCCUGGGGAUAAAGCGGCCAAUCCCGGCGAAGAGAAGGAAGCGGAAGGGUUCCAGACCCACAAUCCUCCACCGUGUGACGGAGAGUCUUCUCCUGCACCCAUCUCUGAUGGGGAUAUCGCUGGACAGUUCACACGCGUGAUGGGGAAAGUGUGUACGCAGUUGUUGGUGUCCAGGCCAGAUGAAGAGAAUAUCAGCUGUUACCUGCAGCUCAUAGAGAAAUGUCUGACCCAUGAGGCGUUUACAGAGACGCAGAAGAAGAGGCUGUUGUCAUGGAAACAGCAGGUGCUGAAGUUACUCCGCCUCUUCCCGCGGAAAACCAUGAUGGAUAGCGGGGUGUACCGGAGAGGGUGGCCGGCAUACGGCUCCAACUCUCUGCCCACAGCUGGAUCUGUGAGCGCAGGUUUGGGUCGCCGGGGUCAGAGGUCAUUCCAGAUGCCCCCGCGAGGAGCUCCUCCACCCGGCCGCUUGGGGCUAAUGACUGCUGCUGGUCUGACCGGAGUGUCACCGCGACACGUGAUAACAAACCCCGCGGCCGUCACUGCACAGGGCCGACAGAACCUGUGGUUUGGGAAUCCAGGAGGCAGUAACAGCAUGCCGAGUCAGAGCAGAAGUUCUGUUCAGAGGACUCACUCACUUCCUGUGCACACAUCUCCUCAAACCAUGCUCCUGUUCCAACAACAAGAAUGCCAAGUUCCAGGGACGGAUCUGGAGAUCAACCCCACGCUGGAGUCACUGUGCCUCAGCAUGACAGAGCAUGCCUUAGGGGAUGGAAUGGACAGAACAUCGACAAUAUGAAAAUAAACAAACUCUUCACCAUUUUGUCACCGUGUCAGUUGGCCGGUGCUCCAGUAGCCCAACACACACACACACACACACACACACUCAAACAUAACAAAACAAGUCACUACAAAUCACACAAAUCUAACUGUGUAUAUGUUCUCUAAUAUUUUUCUACUUUAUUGUACUUAACUAAGUUUAUUAUAAACGGAACACAGAAAACUAUUAUAUAACAGAAGGGAGAGCAGCGGUAGUGGAAGACGGAAGCAAAUGUUGUUUGUUUGGCUGGAGCGCUGACAUUAAUGGUGCUGUUUCAAAGGGCUCUGGGCUGUUGUCAGACGAUCAUUUCAUCGGUAGCUGUUCAUAUAAAUGAUGCUGACAUUACAUCCGCUUCCUGUGUCCAUCUGCUGUCUGUCUGCAUGAACUCUCACCUCCCAAGACGGAUUUCUUGUUGCUUUUCUGCGUUCUCACGUGAAUAAACGGCAGGUGGAAUUGCACGACUGUUUGGCCUGUAUGCGUUCAUUUCACGAGUCCCUUAUUCCUGUAUAUUUAUCUAUUAUAAUAUCGUUGCAUUCUAAUUUCUGUUGAGGUACAAGAGGUUUCUUAGCACUUAUAUACACGUAACAUGUUUACCGGGGCGUCACUACAGCGCACUCUGUCUGUGAUCGUUUUCCUGUCACGCAGAUUUGUAGUGGUUUUGUAAAUAUGCAGGUAUAGGAAUAUGAGCAAAGAGUCUUUAUCCAGAUGAUUUUUAUACACGGCUGUUAUGCAGAGGGGGAUUGUGGGAGCUGUCGUUCAGCAAGAUCGAGCUGCGCUCAUCCGUUAACGAUGUUCCUUCAACCCUUCAAUCCUCCAUGACUGACAGGGACGUCCAGCAAUGAUCGACUCCGCCUAUCAAUCAGAUUCCAUUUUCAUCUCUAUUUCCUCCCUUGCCACGAGAGCCCGCUUCAGAGAUUUGACCAAUCACAACGGUGCUUAUAGCUAUGUGUUUCAUUCAUUUGGGGCGUCUGUUCUCUUGGGAUGGUACAGUCUGUGAGAAUCUCGUUCGGCCUUGCGGAGUGUCAGAGUGUGUGUGUGUGUGUGUGUGUGUCACUCUGGUCAUUACUCUGUUUGUGGUGCGUGUGAAAGGUCACGGGUCUCUCUGCUCUCUCAGAGCUGCUCUGCAUCUAGUAAAAAUGCAUUGCCUGAAAAUCGUUUGUUUUCUUCAUUUCUGUAAGAAUUGACAUGGGUGAAUCUCACAAAACCUGUCAAGAACAUGUGCUGCUCAUAUAUCACCCCAUAUUAGAAAGAUAAUAAUAACUUAUAGUUGGCUUAAUGAAAAGGCAUUUUUUAGGGCACAUUUACUCCAAAAUUGUCAUUAUGACGUAAGCCCUGAACCGCACUCUGAAAAAGAAAUUAACUUGAUUUAAAAAAAAAAAAAAAAAGGGGUCUUAAUCCUACAAAAAAGUUUUCAAAUUUUUUUCACAUUUUUUUUUUAAAUUUUUUCCAAAAAUAAAGUUCUGUUUGUUUUCUAAAUUUUGUUUUUACAUUUUUUUACAAAAUAAAAUAGUUUGUUGUCUAAAUUUUUUAUUUAAUUUUUUCCCCCCCAAAAAAAUAUCAGUUUUUUUUCUACAUUUUGUUUUUACAUUUUUUACAAAAUAAAAUUCUGUUUGUUGUCUCCAUUUUUUAUUUUUAUUUUUUCCAAAAAAAAAAUCUUUUUUUUUCUCCAUUUUUUAUAAAUUCUUUUUCUUUUAAAUUCUCAGUUUUUCUCAAAACAAAUAUAGCCUAAAAAGGCUCCAGAGGCUCAUUGGUUCAUCUACGUAAGCCCUGAACCGCACUGUGAAAAAGAAAUGAACUUGGUGAAUUUGUAUUUUAUUUAUUUUUUAGCUGUCUUAGUCCUACAAAAAAGUUCUCAAUUUUUAUUUACAUUUUUCCCCAAAAAAAAACAUUCUCAGUUUUUCUCAACAAAACAAAAAUAGCCUCAAAAAUGUUUUAGUUUUUUUUUUUCUGCUCAAGAGGCAAAACACAUUGGUUCAUGUAAACAUGUGCUAGUCCCCGCAAUCUUUUCCUCACUGUUUCCUCUUGAGGAGAAAAAUAUAUUUUUGGAGAGGAACAUUUUUUUAAAAUAAUUUUUUUGAGAAAAAAAAAAUGUGAGAAGAAAAUGUGUUUUGAAAGAGGCAAAAAAUUAUAAAAAAAGACACCUAAAAAAAAAAUUUGGCUCAUGAAUUAUAUAUAUUUUUUUCACAGUUCUGUUCGGGGUUUCUGUACAUUACUGUAAUGAACAAAAAACUGAUUUAUUAUUUAUAUUGUAAAUUACAUUAGUCAAAUUAAAUUGCAAAUACUCAUCAUGGGGUACUGAAUUUAAUUUAUGCAGAUUUUGACGAUUUUCAUGGUCACAGUUAUGAAAAUGUAUUCACGUUAAUUUUUCCAGUACCUAAUGAGAAAUAUUAUUUAUACCAAAUAAAACGACAGAAUUUUGAGGUGAAAUAUGACCCGCACGUUUGUUUGAGAGAUUCGCCCUGACGUUCUGUCAGACUGUGGAUGUGUUCACCGGUUCACUCAGGACCAUCACACUAUGCAAAUACUCCCAUUCCAUGUGUAACCAUACCUGCAUUGAUAUAUGAUGGUUUGAGCUUUUUUCACUCAGCAAAUCAAUAUUUAGAAAUGUCUAGAAACACAAACGUGCUUUAGAUUUAUUUGGGGGAAAUACAGUUCUGAGACGCGUGUACUUCCUGUUAAAGACCAAAACGAGAACUAAAGAUGAAGACAUGUUUCUUCUCUCUGUGUGAGUCGGGACUCUAGAACAGCCUGGUGCUGCUUCACACUUCAGCGCUGCGUCUGAACGGAUCGUUUACAUUAGCGUGAGGUCAUGACGGGGUCAGGAACCCCUGGAGGAACCUGGAGUUACGCUCAGAACCUCCUUCCUCUGUUUCCAUGUGUGCAAAACCAGUUGAGAAGCUUUAAACGAGGGGUUGCCAUUCCAAAGAUGUGGUGUUGCAGCAGACGCAUGUUCUCUGUAUCUGUCUGUCUGUCUGUCUGUCUGUCUUUCUCACGCGGUGAGACCUCUGACUGUGAAUCUCUGUGCAGGCCGUCUGCUUGAGAUCGGGCACAGAUGAACGGCGCUUGGCAUGAGAUAUUAUUAUUAUGUUAUUAUUAUUAUUACUGACAUCUGGAGUGAUAGGACUUGUGUGUGUUGUUCAGUUUGGUUCUUCUAAUAUCUUUGUCAUGCUUCUUACCUGAAUGGACGUCAGAAUGGUAAUAAAUCGUUCAUGUUUUGCUAUUACUGGCGGCUUUUGUUGACUCUUUCCUUUCAGUAAAUAUUCACUUAUUUUAAAGUCAUGCAUUUGUCAUUAUGUCUUUCAUUCAUGUUGUUUCAUUAAGCUAACAUAGUUGAAUUAGGUCAAAUUAAUGUACUAUAGUCACUCAAUUUACUAAGCUUAUUUCGGGCCAACAUGUUAGCAACACCUAGCAAAGUGCUAAAAUAUGCUAGUAACAUGUUAGCAUCAUGCUAACACAUGCUAGCAUCAUCCUCAUUUUACUAGUCCUGCUUGACUCACUCUGAGUGGGAUUCGAACCGGGGUCUCCGGCAUAGGAGGCGGGCAUGCUAACAAGGAGGUUAAAGGCUACAGCAUCUAGCAUCAGUCGCUAGUGCGCCUUUUGAGGCCCAUGGGGUGAGGUUCACACACUGAACCGCUACCUACCAGCUGGCUAUUGUUACACUCACCCCCGAAACCUCACUCCCAUCCGGGUCACGGCACCACCGUAACCAGUCCUGCAUGACCCACUCAAAAUAGGAUUGGAACCAGGAUCUCCAGCAUGGGAGGCGUGCAUGCUAACGAGGAGAUUAAAGGCUACAGUCUCUAAUGUCAGUCGCUAGUGUGCCUUUUGAGGCAAGGGGAGUGAUGUUUUCACACCCCACAGCUACCUACCAGCUGGCUACCGUUAUGCUAACGCAUGAUAGCAACACCUAUCGAAGUGCUAAAACAUGCUAGCAACAUAAUAAAACAUGCUAGCAAUAUCUAGGUAAAUGUGAAUUAUGCUAGCAACAUGCUAUGUCAUGCUAAAAUAUGCUAGCAAAGCCUAACUACAUGCUAGCAACAUCUGGCAACUAAAACUUCAAUAUUUACUAGAUUUGACUAGAACAGGACUUUUAGACUUUUAAAUCCAGGGAUUUCAAGCCAAGCUCAAAGUUUGUCCACAAACUUCUAUUUGUCUAGUUGUAAAGUGUUACUCAGUAAUAUAAUUAUAAUAUAAUUAAUAACAUUCUUACCAGGUGAAAUUCUAAUUUCAAAAUCAACAAUGCAUUUCUUAUUUUUAUCCCCAAUGUUGGAAUGUCCAAUUCCCAAUACUUAGCAGGUCCUCGUGGUGGCGCUGUUACUCACCUCAGUCCGGGUGGCGGAGGACGAGUGUCAGUUGCCUCCACUUCUGAGACCGUCAAUCCGCGCAUCUUAUCACGUGACUUGUUGUGCAUGACACCGCGGAGACUCACAGCAUGUGGAGGCUCAUGCUACUCUCCACGAUCCACACACAACUCACCACACGCCCCAUUGAGAGAACCACUAAUCACCACCACGAGGAGGUUACCCCAUGUGACUCUACCCUCCCUAGCAACCGGGACAAUUUGGUUACCCCAUGUGUCUCUACCCUCCCUAGCAACCGGCCCAAUGUGGUUACCCCAUGUGACUCUACCCUCCCCAGCAACCGGCCCAAUUUGGUUACCCCAUGUGACUCUACCCUCCCUAGCAACCGGCCCAAUUUGGUUACCCCAUGUGACUCUACCCUCCCUAGCAACCGGCCCAAUUUGGUUACCCCAUGUGACUCUACCCUCCCUAGCAACCGGUCCAAUUUAGUUACCCCAUGUGACUCUACCCUCCCUAGCAACCGGCCCAAUUUGGUUACCCCAUGUGACUCUACCCUCCCUAGCAACCGGUCCAAUUUGGUUACCCCAUGUGACUCUACCCUCCCUAGCAACCGGGCCAAUUUGGUUACCCCAUGUGACUCUACCCUCCCUAGCAACCGGCCCAAUUUGGUUACCCCAUGUGAUUCUACCCUCCCUAGCAACCGGCCCAAUUUGGUUACCCCAUGUGACUCUACCCUCCCUAGCAACCGGCCCAAUUUGGUUACCUCAUGUGACUCUACCCUCCCUAGCAACCGGGACAAUUUGUUUACCCCAUGUGACUUUACCCUCCCUAGCAACCGGCCCAAUUUGGUUGCUAAGGAGACCUGGCUGGAGUCACUCAGCACGCCCUGGAUUCAAACUCACGACUCCAGGUGUGAUAGUCAGCAUCAAUACUCGCUGAGAUACCCAGACCCCCUUUUAAGAUAUCUUUAUCUCCAAUUUAUUGAAAUACUAAAUGUAACGCAUUGAAAAAUCUUCCCAGAUAUCUAUGAAUGAAAACUGAGACGACAGAAGUGCUACACGCAAUAAAUGUGAACUGAUAAUAAGCUGCUUCUGAUCCAAAAGUGAGUUUGUUGAAUAAUUGCCGCUUUUUUACAUCUUCAUUGGGGUUUCAAUCUGGGUUUGUCGAGUCACACCGGUUUAGACAUGGUUUAGUAUUUAAUCAUCAUCUACUAAAAUCACGAUUCUAAAGUGAUUCAUUUGUUAUUUACAUUUAUUGAUGUUAUUGUGGCUGCACCUGUCUCUAAACAACCCUGAGUGCGCGCACAUGGCGCAUACAGUAUCAGUGCGCGGGCACACAGCAGGAGCGCGCAUACAGUAUCAGUGCGCGGGCACACAGCAGGAGCGCGCAUACAGUAUCAGUGCGCGGGCACACAGCAGGAGCGCGCAUACAGUAUCAGUGCGCGGGCACACAGCAGGAGCGCGCAUACAGUAUCAGUGCGCGGGCACACAGCAGGAGCGCGCAUACAGUAUCAGUGCGCGGGCACACAGCAGGAGCGCGCAUACAGUAUCAGUGCGCGGGCACACAGCAGGUGUUUCAGAUGCUGAAGACAGACACGAUGUUCUGCUGAGAGAAUUACAGGAACUAGCAGAACAAGGUCAGUACAAACACACACACACACUCACACGCACUCUCACACACGCACACACACACACAUGUUUUAUGGGGACUUUCCAUAGACAUAAUGGUUUUUAUACUGUACAAACUUUAUAUUCUAUCCCCUAAACCUAACCCUACCCCUAAACCUAACCCUCACAGAAAACUUUCUGCAUUUUUACAUUUUCAAAAAACAUAAUUUAGUAUGAUUUAUAAGCUGUUUUCCUCAUGGGGACCGACAAAAUGUCCCCACAAGGUCAAACAUUUUGGGUUUUACUAUCCUUAUGGGGACAUUUGGUCCCCACAAAGUGAUAAAUACAUGCUCACACACACACACUCACAUACACACACACACACUCACAUACACACACACACACACUCAAACACACACUCACACACACACACUCACAAACACACACACACACACACACACUCACACACGCACACACACUCACUCUCACACACACUCACACUCUCACACGCACACACACACACACACGCACGCACACUCACACACACAUACACACACACACACUCACUCACACACACUCUCACACACGCACACACACACACUCUCACACGCACUCACUCACACUCACUCUCACACACACACACGCACACUCACACACACACACACACACACGCACACUCAAACACGCACACACACACUCACACAUGCACACUCACACACACACUCACACACGCACACUCACACACACACACACACGCACACUCAAACACACACACACACACACACACACACACACACACACACGCACACACA